AUGAUGCCUUACGAGACGACCGCGACAGCUUCCGGCCGCAUAGGCAAGGAUGACCUAGCAAAAGCGAAACUUAUGUCGUUUAUUAGAGGGGCAAACGAACAGGAGUUUAGCAUAAUCCUGAAGCUCCUUAAAGGCUUAUAUAAUUCUGAGGACAGGACAGGUGGAUUGACAAGCCAGAGCAAGAUCGUAUCGGCAUCUAGUGAUCACACCAUACGGGUGUGGGACGCUACCACUGGCAAAGAGGAAGAUAUCUUUAUCGGCUAUUCCGACACCGUUACCAGCGUCGCGGUCUCACCUGAUCGUAGGAUAAUUGCUUCAGGUUCAGCUGAUCGGAUAGUGCGGCUAUGGGACACUACAACGGGCCGGCAAAUACGUGUACUCACAGGCCAUACUAAUACCAUCAGAAGUGUUGUCUUCUCCUACGAUGGGGUUAAGCUUGCUUCUGGGUCCGAUAAUAGUACGGUCCUGGUGUGGCAUCUAGCAACGGGCAAGCAGGAACGUUCGCUCUCGCACUCUACAGCCACGGCUGCCUAUGGCUACUACGGCAACCGGACCUAA